CUAUUAAUUCCAACCAUUCAUCUCACCUAAUCUUUAAUUCAAUGGUUCAUAUACACCCAUCAUUAAAUCAAAAGGGUUACCUCCGUUUCCUUAAUUUCCGUCCAUCUCUUUGACGCGUCCGUCUCUUUAAUGUACAGACUCCCUCCGAAAAAGAUCCCUCCCACCAAGAUCCUGAUUCCUCCACGAAGAUCCCUCCCACCAGUUGUUUCGUCCAGGGGUACUCGCAAGUGCAGUUACUGGGAAUGGUUCGACCCUCCAAUAUGCGACCGAGGUAAGAAGAUUAUUCUCGGACUUCUAAAGAAGAGCAAUGCAAAAGACGAAGAGAUAAAGAUCCUAAAAAUCCGUACCAAACAAAAGCAAUUUGGAGCUUUUAUGAUUGGGUUUGGUGCAACUUUUGUCAUUAAUAUUGUAAUAUUUGUUUUUCUUUUGUAAUUUGAGAUUAUGUGCUUGUUCUAAAGUAUUGUUUGUAUGGUUUAUGUAAACCAUGUUUGAGACAACUGCACUGUUAUUUG